UUACUGCGGUUGUUGCGCAUCAUCACCUGGGUAUCAACCAUCAGCAAAAAGCUCUUUAACUUAAGUUUCUAGUCUGAAGGGGACCAGAAAGAUAAUUGAAAAAGGAUAAUUGGACAUUAUUUACAAAUAAGAAAAUCAUUUAUAACUUUAGCGUACUGCCCUAUUCCCACCAUCUCAAAGUACUAAGAGAGAUUAUUUUGCUUGUCGAAGAAGUUAGCAGUUUGCUGUUGAGUUUUGUAGCUAGCUACCCAGCUAGCAUUAGCUAGUUGUGGUUUGUCCUUAUCCAAAAGCUAAAGGGUCCAGUGACAGAAAUUACUGCACAGAAAGGGACAGUUAAGGUUACACAACACUGCAAAAUCGGUUACACCAUGAAUCCUGAAUAUGAUUAUUUGUUCAAGCUUCUCCUCAUUGGUGACUCUGGUGUUGGAAAGUCCUGUCUCCUUUUACGAUUUGCUGAUGAUACCUACACAGAGAGCUAUAUAAGCACAAUCGGUGUGGAUUUCAAGAUCCGAACCAUUGAGCUAGAUGGAAAGACCAUCAAACUGCAGAUAUGGGAUACAGCUGGUCAGGAACGCUUUCGCACCAUCACCUCCAGUUACUACAGAGGGGCACAUGGUAUUAUCGUUGUGUAUGACGUCACAGAUCAGGAGUCGUACAACAACAUAAAGCAGUGGCUCCAGGAGAUCGAUCGCUAUGCCAACGAGAAUGUCAACAAGCUGCUGGUGGGCAACAAGUGUGACCUCACCACUAAGAAGCUGGUCGACUACACCACAGCCAAGGAGUUUGCAGACUCCCUUGCAGUCCCCUUCCUGGAGACCAGCGCUAAGAGCGCCACCAACGUUGAGCAGGCCUUCAUGACCAUGGCAGCUGAGAUUAAGAAACGAAUGGGCCCUGGGGCCACAGCCGGAGGAGACAAGCCCAAUUUAAAGAUCGACAGCACCCCUGUGAGACAGUCAGGUGGGGGGUGCUGCUAGGACCGACCCAGUUUUGCCUUCUAGUAAUAUGACGGGGAAGGGGCUGAUCAUGGACUCUUGCGCAGACGCAAGAGGGGCACAAAUGUGGAGGUGGUGAGGACAGAAAGACUUUUUCUUUUUUUUCUCCCCUAAAUGUCCUUUAUAAGUCUGUAAUGAAACAGAAUGAGGUAGAGAGCAACAGAGUGAGACCUUUGCUCUUACAUUUAAAUAGAAACUCAAAGUAACACACGGCAGACAGUUGAAAAUGAAAGCCAAAUUUAAAUUUCUCUUCUCUACAUACAGGAUCAUCCCUAUUUAUUUGCACUUAAAUUUGUGAUGACACACACACAUGCAUUAACACCUGCUUGACAGGGGAAAUGUGGAGGUUAUAGUGAUGUUAUAAUGACACAGUGUCUUAUACUUGUAUCCUAAGGCCUUUUAUUUUACAGAUAGGUGCUCUUCAUACUUUUGUUCUCAAGGCGCUUAAUACAUUCUGUGGAUUUCCUUGUAAGGGAAUGAAAACCAUUUUGUUAUUUAAUGAUGAUGUUGGCAAUGGUGAUUGUGAUGAAUUUGAUACGGUGUCCACCAUUUUUUACUAUAAAACGUCUAUAGUUUAUGGUGUGAGUUCUCAAGAUCUCUCAAUAGAUUAUGAUAUCAGUUGUGGCAAGUAUAAAAGUCCUCAAACAAGCCCUCAGUCUAGGACUUUGUGGAAAGAUCAUAGCAGCAAUAUAGGGUACCAUCAUCUCAGUUGUCAUAGGUUUGGUAAAACCAUUAUUGUAUUCUUUUGUUGCUGUUUUAUUUGUUCAGGUCUUUUAUAUUAAUAGGGUUUGCUUGGGUCUCCAUCAGCUAUUUUAAUUGUAUCAAUGAUUGUGUAAUUUAUCUCUGUUUAAGCCUGUUGUCUUACUUUGAAAACGAUUGUUUUUUAGACAAGAAUCAACAAAGAAGCUGCAAAAGCCACAUUCACAUAUUUAUGUUAUUGUGUCAUCCAGUCUCUUUACAAGCACUCCAUGGUUAUAACUUAAGUGACAUUUGUUUGGCUGUUGGCGUGUUUCUGUGUUGCAAGGGUUUUGUUUGUUUGUUUGUUUGUUUUUCAAUGGGAAAAGUAUGCUUACUCGCAAACAUGCAAAUAAGAGUACUUUAUACACACUGCAGAGGUCACCAUGUUUUCCAAGGCAAAACACUACCUUUUUUCCCAUGUCACAUGAAAAUGUUUCAUUGUAAAGGAAGGGCUUAGUAUUAAAAACCUGUUGAUCAAUUUCACCAGGAGUGUAUUCCAAGUACGUUGUUUAGUGACAAACCUCUGUAAAUUAACACAGUGUAAGUAAUAACCCUCCUAAUAGAAGAGUCUUAUGGCUUCAUUCUUUUAACAAAACAAAAACCAUAGGGCUCUUCUUUUAGGGGGAUUACCACUUUAUCCCCAGGUCUUGACAGAUUUGAGGGACUCAGUUGUAGACAUGAUGAAACCCACUGGAAAGCUCAGUGUAAAUGUGUGCUGAUAACAUGACAGCAAGUUAACAGCUGUGAGCUAUUGAUACAUACUGAAGAUGUUUUUGUAAUAAUGUAUGGGCACAUACUGUCACGUAAUGUUUUUGACCUAAAUGAAAUAAAUAAUUUUGCAUGCGAUAAA